AAUCCCCUAAUCAGUAUUGAAUAAUUUACGACAAAAACAAAUAGAGAUAGAGAAAUGUGGGCCUCCUCAGAUUAGAUACACCAUAUUGUCCGUAUGUCUAACCACGUAGAAAAAAAAUGAUAAAAAAUUGGGAUUCAAUCUAAAAUUCCACCUCAGCAUCUAAUCAUCGUUGACUUCCAAGCUGUAAUACACAGCCAGGAUAAAGCUGGUAAUCUUAUAAAAUUAAGAAAGAAUUAAAAUAUCAUUAUAUUUAAGAAAAUUACCAUAUUUGCAUGUGUGCAUAUAUAUAAACAAAUGUCAAUCUCACAAAAAAACUAAAAAAUUCCAAAAAAUUUCCAUUAUUAAAGAAGCGGCGACUCGACUCAUGAACGUGAUCUAGCUUUGAGUAGUUAAGCUUUCUUUUUCUUUCACCCAUUAAAAUUUUCCUUCAACCCUAAAACUCUAUUCUUCCAAAAAUUUAAUCUUAUUAUCUCAUCUACAACUAAAUCUUUCGCCUUUUAUUGUGGAACAAAAGGAGUAAUAAUUUUAAUUAAAACAAUCCGUUGUUAUCUCGAGGAUUCGUGUUAUGAAAGGAAUAUUGUGAUUUUCUUUGUACAUUUUUUUUUUCUAUCCAUAUCUAGAAUUUAAGAUUUUAUAAACUUUACCAAAGAUUGAUCGAUCAUUCAUAAUUUUUUUUUUGUAUUAAAAUCAAAUCAUAAUUUGGUAUUGAAAAAAAAAUGACGUCGGAAAAAGUAAGCUCGGAUCUCUCGAUGAUUUUGCCAAGGGUUCUCAUUGUUUCUCGCCGUACUGUGCGUAAGAACAAGUUCGUCGAUUUUGUAGGGGAAUACCAUUUAGACCUUAUAGUAAGCUAUGGUGCAGUACCUGUGAUUGUCCCAAGAGUUAGUGGUGUCUCAACGUUGCUCGAAAGCUUUGAGCCAAUUCAUGGAGUACUCCUUUGUGAAGGUGAAGAUAUAGACCCUUCUCACUAUGAUUCUGAACUGUCAAACUUCACUUCUGAAGAACUCGAAGAGAUAAGGCGAGCACAUGCAAGUGAUACAGCUAUCGAUCAAGAGAAAGACUCAAUCGAGCUAGCCCUUGCAAAGCUUUGCCUUGAAAGGAACAUACCUUACUUGGGAAUAUGCAGGGGAUCACAAGUCCUAAACGUUGCUUGUGGUGGUACUCUUUACCAAGAUGUUGUGAAAGAACUCUCCAGGGAACGCCCCGAAUGCCAAAGAGUAUCCCAUAUUAACUACGACGAUUAUGAUGGUCAUAGGCACGCGGUGGACGUGGUGGAGAAUACACCUAUACAUCAUUGGUUUAAGGAGUCUUUGGCAGAGAAUAAUAUGGAGAUUUUGGUUAAUAGCUACCAUCAUCAAGGUGUUAAGAAGCUGGCGCAGAGAUUUGUGCCUAUGGCUUUCGCGCCUGAUGGAUUGAUUGAAGGGUUUUAUGACCCUGAUGCUUAUAAUCCAGAAGAGGGCAAGUUCAUUAUGGGGCUGCAAUUCCAUCCAGAGCGAAUGCGACACCCUUCCUCUGAUGAGUUUGAUUACCCUGGUUGCCCUUUCGCUUAUAAGGAAUUUGUGAAGGCUGUGAUAGCUUAUCAGAAGAAGCUAAGCAGUCAAGCAAGCGUGCCAAAGGGUCCAAAGCUUAACAAAGAGCAGGAAACCAAGAGAAGAAUGAUUGUACGAAGCUUCUCAAUUGCGAAGGACAUGUAUAUAUCAGGGCGGAACUCUACUGUUGCUGUCAAGGAAUCAGAACUUGAACCAGGCGCAGUAUUCCUUGAGGAAAAUACAGCUUACAGUGUAUUGAGUUUACAACAAGAACAUAGGCUAAGGCAGAUGGGUGCAACUGUGAGGAAUGGACAUGGUUAUAAGAAGCUGAAGUUGAAGGAAGAGAGGGAGAAAGUGGCAAGGUCAAUCAUAGGGAAGAUGUCAAUCGAACAGCUAUCUGAUAUGAUGUCGUUUUACUACAUGAUGGGGCAGAUUUGUUCCGAGGUUUUGGAGACCAAGCUUCAACAUCUCGAAUUGCUUCAUAUGAAUGAUAAGUCUUAGCAGAAGUCAUGUAUUUUUAUUUUUUAUUUUUAAAUUAUUAUUGAAUUAAAAAGGGUAAUAGUUGAACUCCUUUCUUGCUAUUACUUGCAUAUCCUCCAUUAAUGAUAAACAGAUUUUUGAGAUGGAUAUAUUUGUUCAUCUCAUCUAAUUAAGGGGUGAUUAAAAAAAAAAAAAAAUAGGAGGACGAAUAAAGAGGGCAACCUUUAUCUAAUUAUAAU